AUGGUUGGGGGUCAUGUUCGAAGUAGUCAGGGGGUGAGGACAGUGGCUGGGUCGAUAACACCUGGUUUGAUGAGGGGGUUGUCGUAUUAUACACCUCAGUCGCCACCUCCAGAGCCUCCGUUGAGGGGGUAUACAAAACUGAAUCGACGUCUGGUGUAUGUAAGAGGCCAGGAUGCCCCCAAAUUUCUGAAUGGACUCAUCACCAACCACUUAACAGGACCAGACGACCAUGGAGCGUUUGGUUUCUAUGCCGCUUUUCUGAAUUCUAAAGGAAGAAUCAUCUCCGACAGUUUUAUUUAUCCCACCCAUUACUCGACGUUGAUGUCUGAUACAGCAAAUGCUGUUGGUGUUGGCAGUCGAAGUACGACUGGAGAUGGGUCCAGUAGCAGCGAAGUUCCUGGAUACCUCGUAGAAUGCGAUUCGUCGUUAGCUAGUUCGCUGGUAUCGAUGCUGAAAUUACAUAAACUUCGAUCUCGAGUGGAAAUCUCGCUUGUCGAGGAUACUGGGUCCAGUCCGAAAGUGUGGCAAGUAUGGGACGAUUCGACCGUCACCGACUCACUUCCUUUGGAUAUCACUAACCAGUCCAUUCUGGUUCCAUACUGUCCUUCUUUAGUAGGAGCCAGUGACUCACGAGCGCCAGGAUUCGGGCUCAGACUCGUUCUUCCUGGUAAUCAGACUCCAUUAGACGUUCUCUCAGAAGCAUUUGUCUCAGCUGACGAGUUCCCUGAAUGUUCACCAGAUGCCUAUCACAUUCGACGACUGGUGUAUGGUAUUCCUGAAGGAGCUAGUGAACUGCCACCCAACAGCUCACUUCCUCUCGAUUCCUGUAUGGAUUAUAUGGGAGGAGUCGACUUCAAUAAAGGGUGCUACCAGGGCCAGGAGCUGACCAUCCGGUCUCACCACCACGGCAUUGUCCGCAAACGCAUCAUUCCCGUGGUUCUAUCCCCUCCAUUGACUUCUGACUCGAAUCCUGACCCCGCAACUCACUCUUUGGAUCAAUCUGAGUCUUCUUCACAGCCAUCUAACAAGUCAUCUGACGAGCUGGUUCAGCAGGAAUACGAACUCGAGUCGGAACCAGCUCUUGAGUACAAUCCCUCGUCUCCAGUGGCCACAUCCAUCAACUCAGCAUCGCUGGCUGGCAGCUCGAUUCUCGACAUUUCUGCCAGUUUAGGAGACUCGUCACGUCUGGCCCGAGUCACCGACAACCCAUCCCCCUUUGGCGUGUCCAAAAAGUCCAAACCAAGUUCAUCCUCAUCCUCUUCACCAUCCCUUCGACCUUCUGGAACCCUUCUGUCGGCCAUUGGCAACGUCGGACUGGCACUGGUCCGUCUCGAACACUUCGGUUCGUCAACCGCCCAGUUCGCCAUCCAAACCCCCGCCGGCAACAUCCGCGUCCACGGCUUCCAACCCUACUGGUGGCCCUCUCCAGACGACAACACCGACUCCUCUGCAUAG